AUGCGCUUGACCUUCAAGGAUCUGAAACAGCAGAAGUUCGUGAUUGAGGCCGAACCCACAGAGCUCAUCUCUGAUGUGAAGGAGAAGAUCUCAAAGGAGAAGGGAUGGGAGGCUUCUCAGCAGAAGUUGAUUUACUCUGGCAAGAUCCUCCAAGAUGCCAAUACCGUUGAGUCCUACAAGAUCGAGGAGAAGGGCUUCAUUGUUUGCAUGGUAUCGAAGCCCAAAGCAGCUCCAGCUGCGGCUGCCUCUUCUUCGAAAACCCCUUCCACCCCCACCCCAGCUACAUCGGCCACUCCUGCCCCUCCAGCGGCUCCCUCACAAUCAAAUACAUCCGUAAAUGCCGUUCCCGCUACACCUUCACCUGCUGGUAGUGGUGCUGCGACAGCCGCUACUCCCGCUACCCCAGCUUUCAAUGAAAGCUCUGGUCUGGCUAUGGGCGCAGAGCGAGCUGCACAAAUCGCAGAGAUGGAGGCCAUGGGUUUCGAGAGAUCUCAAAUCGAACUUGCUAUGCGUGCUGCUUUCUACAACUCAGAGCGUGCGAUUGAAUACCUCUUGACCGGAAUUCCCGAAAACCUGCAGCAUGAAGGCAGAUCAGCUGCACCAGCCCAAGGCUCUCCAACGCCUGCCCCCGAAGGUGGUGAGGAGCCAGUUAAUCUGUUCGAGGCCGCAGCCCAGGCUGGUACAGGUGGACGUGGUGGUGCUGCUCGCGGCGGCGCCGGCGCCGGAGGAGCUGAUCUUUUUGGAGCUGGUGGUGCAGGAACGCCUGCUGGAGGUUUGGGAAACCUCGACUUCCUCCGAAAUAAUCCACAAUUCCAGCAACUCCGACAAGUUGUUCAACAGAACCCUCAAAUGCUCGAGCCCAUCCUACAACAAGUUGGCGCUGGGAAUCCACAGUUGGCUGCUCUUAUCGGACAACACCCUGAGCAGUUCCUACAACUUUUAAGUGAGGAUGGUGACAAUGAUGCGCCACUUCCACCAGGAGCUCAGGCCAUCAGCGUCACUGAGGAAGAACGUGAAGCUAUUGAAAGAUUAUGCCGCCUGGGUUUCCCUCGAGACCAAGCCAUCCAAGCCUACUUCGCCUGUGAUAAGAACGAAGAGCUGGCCGCCAACUUUCUCUUUGAGCAACCGGAGGACGAAGAAUAA